CUCCAACAACAACUGAAGCCCCAACAACGACUGAAGCCUCAACGACAACUGAAGCCCCAACAACAACUGAAGCCUCAACAACAACUGAAGCCCCAACAACAACUGAAGCCUCAACAACAACUGAAGCGCCAACAACAACUGAAGCUCCAGCAACAACUGAAGCCCCAACAACAACUGAAGCCCCAACAACAACUGAAGCCUCAACAACAACUGAAGCCUCAACAACAACUGAAGCCUCAACAACAACUGAAGCCUCGACAACAACUGAAGCCUCGACAACAACUGAAGCCUCGACAACAACUGAAGCCUCAACAACAACUGAAGCCUCAACAACAACUGAAGCCUCAACGACAACUGAAGCCUCAACGACAACUGAAGCCUCAACGACAACUGAAGCCUCAACGACUACUGAAGCCUCAACGACAACUGAAGCCUCAACGACAACUGAAGCCCCAACAACAACUGAAGCCCCAACAACAACUGAAGCCCCAACAACAACUGAAGCCCCAACAACAACUGAAGCCUCAACAACAACUGAAGCCUCAACAACAACUGAAGCCCCAACAACAACUGAAGCAGCAGCAACAACUGAAGCCUUGACAACAACUGAAGCCUCAACAACAACUGCAGUAUCACCAACUGAAUCCUCAACAACUGAUGCAAUAACAAUUGAAGGCUCAACCACUGAAGCAACUACAUCUGAAGCAACAACAACUGAAGCAACAACAACCGAAGCAACAAUAAAUGAAGCCUCAACCACAAUUGAAGCAACAACGACAGAAGCCUCGACAACUCAAGAAACAACAAUAGAAGCGACACCAGUAGUAGAAACAACAGCAGCAGAAACGACAACAAGUGAGGCUGUUACAACCCCAGCUCCAAGUACGGUUUAAUGUGUUUGUAUUUUCAAAUAAUGAUUCAGUUGUCAAAGAACUGCUUAAUCUGGUUUUUUUGCAGCCGAGAAACAUCAAGCACAGAUUAUCUUAGAUAUUUCGUUCCCAGAGUAUCUUCAAGAUCCAGAGAGUGUGGAGUAUAUAUCGUUUAGAAGCAAUUUGGAAAGCCUGGUCAGUUCAAAGUUUCUCAACAUUUGAAUUUUCUUGAAAAUUACUCCACUAAGUUUAUUUCAAUUUUUUAGAUUAGUCAAAUGUAUUCAAAUAACAGUAACUUUGUUCAUGUCACGACAAAUGGAUUCAGGUAAAAUUAAUUGUUCACCGCUUGGUUUGGAGUAUAUAUAUAGACAGUAGUAAACACAAAAUAAUCACAUGCACAAGGAUCAGUGGAUCACUAAGAUAUGAUUCAUAUAGCGUGAUAAAAAGUAAAGCAAUAGAGAAAAGAUUUCUUCAUGGGAAGUGCUGACCUAUGAUAUUUUCGCAUGCGUUAAUUAAGGCUCUUUUCCACUCAUUGCAAAAACCAACUCGCAAGAUCGCCGUGGGUACUUGUAUGUAAUCAAUUAAAACUGUCAAGCAUUAUGAUUGUAUGCAUGUACUUGCAGCAAGCUUACGAGUUAGUGUUUAUACGAUUAGUGGAAAGGAGCCUUUAAUUUGUUAUCACAGCGAAUGCAAUAAUGAGCGAGCGAGUUUCGUUAAAACAAAUUAUAGAAAAGAGUGAAAGUACAAAUGUACAAUACAAAAUAAAAUCACUUCCCAUGAUUCAUGAACAAAGUUGUUUAUCUAUUCUGAGAUAAUUCUUUCUUCCAUCGAAAUACGUGUUAAUCUGGAUGUUUUAAAAGUUUUUUAGAAGUCAUGUGCACGAUUGGAAAAUUUACACGAGACGUUUUUCUCCCAUGCAUGUGCGAGAAAACUGUUUCACUAUCCAGAUUGGCUUGUAUGUAUUACGAAGUAACGAAGCGAGUUUUCGGAUAGGUAAAUCCAUUUGUAAAACUCAGCAUCUAUAUUAUUUCAUAAUUGAGUCGGUUUUCUUUGAAGUUCCGCGGGCUGUAUUUAACAUAAAUAUCGGUCAUUAGGCCAACCGUCUAAAAGCACGGGGAGGGUUUUGAUAUUCAGCAGGGAAGAGCGGGGCUGAUGAAUUGAAUUGAAUAGAUAAUUAUGAAUAAGUGGGCUGUAUAUAGAUACAGCCCGGAAAUGUUGGGCUGUAUCCGAAUACAGCCCACUGUUCUGGUAUUGUACCUGCAUGGAUACAGACCAUGAAUUGAUAAUCCAUUGAACUUACACUACAACCACUUCGAUUAACAUUUCUAACACUAUUUCACACAAAUGUAUUGAAAAUAUAGUUCAAACUUCAAGCUAUCACCUUCGCUCUUGUUAGCUUCGCUUCCUAAUUCCUCUUCAGCUUUUUCACGGACUUCCCGACACUCGCUAUUAGUUGUAUUGGUUGUGACUGUGAUUUGUAAAGUUGCCUUCUAUUCCAGCAUCCCGACAAAGCCUCUUAAUUAACUACCCCUCCAAGUGUGUUGUAGCCCACUGGAUUUGAAGUGAACCAAACUAAAACACAGAAAAUUCAGCUGAAGCUAAAAAUGGAAAUUAACUACAAUAAAUGAUAAAACUAACUAAAUAACUUAUUUGUACCUUUAUAUAUAUCUGAAUCGGAACACUUUCGGUCUUUCGCUAUGGCUUCUGAGCUGCAUUUCCCCACAUAUUUCUUGCACAACGAACCAAACAUCGACUGGGACACUCUUCAUUUAUAUAGUAAUGUUCCACACGCUUUCGCUUCAUAUUGCGAUGCUUUAAUUUUCUUUUAAGCCCUCGAACCUCGGCUGUUAAUCCUGACAGUGAAAAGUCUCAGACAAUUCGUCAAAAUGAGGCCAGAAAAUUUUACAAAAACAUGUAGAAGGACAAAAUAAGAAUAAAUUAACUAGCGUAUAGCUGAAAGCCCAGCUCCCUUGGGAUCUUCAUCUCUUUUUGUACCCAUCUGUUCGCUAAUUUAGCUCAACAAUAAGUCCGCAUACCUCCCAGUAUUUUCGUUCACAAAUUACACUGAACAACAACAAUUUCUAUAGAAAUUAUAUCUUAAAUUAUAUAUUCUUUUGAGAAAACCUCCUCAAUCAUGAAAUAAGUCAGUUAAGGACCUCGAACCUCGGCUGUUAGCCAAAUACAGCCUUCGGGCUUCGCCCUCAGGCUGUAUCUGGCUAACAGCCUCGGUACUCAGGCUUUAACUCUCACUUACUAUAUAAGAACCGUGUGCUUCCCUAGCUUGUGAAUCUGUUUCAUCGUAGUAAUGUUGACUUCAAUGUGCUAUAACUUUUGAUUGCAUAGCCUUUUUGAACUAUAUAACGAGGGUAAAUUGUCCGACCCUGAACUGCCCAUCAAUGUGAUUUUCCAAGGGAUUUAAAGUCAUAGUUAAAGUUAUAAAUUCACUCCUCCCUUCCAUAUAUAUACCUCCCACCUUUGGUCAAGCCUUGCCAGCCCGCAUGUUUCGUAUACAUUUGGAAGAAAACGUUUGCCUUCGCCCUCCCCUGCGGCCUGCCUCCCUCCCCCACCUCUCUCCAAGUGAAAAUUCCUUAAAAAGGCACCACCGCAUGAUAGUCUUGUUUUGUUUCUUUCCUGUAGACAAGGAAGUGUUUUUGUUAAUUUUACCCUCGAGUUCAAAUCAGUGACGAAUUUUCCUCUGGCAGAAUUGCAGCAAGGUACAUCUGAUGGAAAACUUGGCGACUUUGCAGUGGUGAAAAACAGCCUUAGUCUUUCAAGUGAAGGUAUAUCAUUCUUAUAUAUUGAAGUGUUGAACCAACGAUCUGAACCAAGCCAUAGUAAUGAAGAAUAAUUGAACACUAAAUUAAUUCAGGGGGGUUGGAUUUCUGAUUUUCAUUGCAGGGUCUAUCUGAGAAAGAAAAAAAACACUUCGCGUUUCGAGUCUGAAACUUAGCGGCGAGGUUUCACCUCGAAACAAUUUUGAUAUUUUCAGCUCAUAGCAUAGGCAACCCAGCAAAAUGUGUAAAAAUGUAUUAAACGCUUAAAAUACGUAUAAAGUUCGUCUCAAUUUGCUGUCAAGCGAUUUAUUUGUGUAGCUCAUUAUACAGGCAGAUUCCGAUGUUUACGUCACUGUAUUUCAAGGUAUAUUAUGAAAAUACAAUGACGUAAACAUCGGAAUCUGCAUGUAUAAUGAGCUACACAAAUAGAUCGCUUGAUAUAGCAAAUUGAGACAAACUUCACACUUAAUGCAUUUUUACACAUUUUGCUGGGCUGCCUAUGCUCAUAGUUCUAUUUGCAUCCAUGCAUAUAACUAAGAUUUUUCUUUCGCAUUUUAGCUGCCACGUGCGAGUCAAAUCCUUGCCAUGCAAAUGCCACAUGUCAUGAUACUGAUAUUUUCUACACAUGCACGUGUAAUUCAAGAUAUUUUGGUAAUGGCCUCGAUUGUGAAGGUAUGAUAAAAUCAUGGGAUUUGCACGCAGAAAAAGGCAACUUAGCAGUCCCUGCUCACACUCCUCGCUUCUAGUUAUUCCAACAAGACACUUUUAAACUGUAUUAUAGUCUUGAUACAAAAUUCAGUUCUCCAAACAUUAUUGUUUCACUUCCUUUUACAACAAGUCUGAAGCUCUCUAUUAAAGAAAGCAAGUUGAAUCAGGAUCGCACACAGAGAGGGGGAAGGGGCGGGAGGGACUUUUUGAAUGUUAUUAUCAGUUACUAUUUGGCUAUUUGGGGCCAUAUUUCACAAUAUUACUACCCCCUUGGUGGAAAAAAAUGUAACACAACAAUCUAAAACAAGCAAACAUAUAUAUUUUAUAUAGAAUAUUGGACCAAAAGAAUAUUCGACCAAAAUAAGUUAGAAAAAUAACAAUUUAACUUAACCCAUUUAGCAUUAAACCCAGCCUCGUACCCCGGCGCAAAUAACGUACUAAAAAUGGCAACACUACAGUGUUUUAAUAUAGAUCAGUGGCUUAGAUGAGUGAGCGCAUGGGGGUGCUUGGGAAGUCGUGUCCCUUGCUCCUGGGUACGAGGCUGCAUUAAACCCGCUUGCGCCAAACUAUAGCGGUAAUAUGAUUUUGCAGUGCCUAAACUUUGCAAUAAAAUAUUUUGAAAAAAACUCAAUGUAUAUAAAGCAUAUACAUCGAGUUGUAAACAAUAUGAACAUUGAUCGUGACCAAGUGACAGACAUUUUAAGAACACGUUCCAAACAAGACAAUGGCCAAUGGGAAAAGUAUUUUUUCUACGUAAAAAUGUUAACACCACCCCUCCCCAACAUAUAGAGUAUUCAAUAGAAAUUUCAAUGACUAUACUCCAAGCAAAGAAGCGUGAUUUAAAAUCAAAAUGAGCCCUGGAAAAAAUAUAUUUAAUUAAUAUAUUUUCUUGUCACUCUGUAUUUAUGGGAGACGGUCACAGAUGUCUAGGUAUGGACAACACAUUGCUUAGUCCACGUGCCUUCACCACAGAAUACAGAAGCCCAACUUCUUGGUUUUUCCUAUGAUUUUGGCAUAAUUCAUCAUCAAAAUGCUGACGCCAUGGUCCUAGCCAGUGCGCUUGAGAGAAGCAUUCAUCACCCUGAUAAUAUUGAAAAUGGUGCACGUCCAGGGGUACCCUGAUAGCAGAGCCUUAUUUCCCUUCGCGUAGAAAAUAAUUAGGCUUUGCCGUUUUUGUGUUUUUGUUCGUCCAAAAUUCUGGACAUAGAAUAAGAAAUGGGCAUACUUCGAAACCCGGACCGGACUCGGACUCGGACCCGGACUCGGACUCGAAGAAAAUCCGGACUCGAGAAAAACCCGGACCCGGACUCGAAGAAAAUCCGGACUCGUGUUUAACAAAACCCGGACUUGACUUUUGAAAACCCGGACUCGAAAUAAGGCAAAACCGGAUUCAAAUCAAGGACUCUGUGUACGAAAAUGCAAAGGUUUUUUGGAAAGGUUUAAUAAUUAGUAACGUGAUAAACGAUGAUCUCAUAUCUUUAUCUCGAUAUUUUUAAUCUUCUGCUGUUAACAAAAUAAUCACUUAGAUAUACUGGAACCAAAUCAUUUAGGCACUUAUAAGUUAUUAAAAACUAAAAUGUAUUGAUGCACAACGAUCUACAAUUAGUAGCUAGUACGAGGGUAGCAUGUUGAUUGUUGAUUCUCAAAAUAACGUUAACUUGAUUUAUUGUCAAACUUCAUUGUCAGUAUCGAGCCGCGGUUGUAUGCAAGGCAUAUGGGGCAAUCGACGAACGCACUGCCUAACGAGAGAGUCUCAAUAUCAAAUUUACGCCAACCAUCCAACGCGAAUUUCACUGUCGGCCGCGGGUGCAGGCUUGCAGCUGUUGCUUUCAUUGUGAUGUGUUUUCUACUACUUUCGGAUAAAGAAUAAUUGCGGGUGUUCAAUUCGUGUUUAUGGACUUUAUAUUAACGAAAUAGAGAAAAUAAACGUGUUUCCAGGAGCGUCUUGUCCAACUAUUUGAGAGCAUGUUAUAAUAUCAACUUUAUGUCCAUCCGCACAACAACGCUCGAAUUACUUCACAGUUGGUGUUUAGGCGCGGUUGCCGCGAUACCUUCAUUGCCUUCAACGAGAGAUGUACUUUUCCGGCGUUCUUUUCGAUUGGUUGAAGUUAUACUUUUGAUUGGUUGAAGUCUAGUUAUUUUUCGUGUCAUUUUGCCGAUAGCUAGUGAGGUCGAAUAUGUUGAGGAUAUAUUUUACCCUUGCCGCCAUCGAUCACGUUGAGUCUGCUAUGCUGAGUCAGAUUUCAGUUAUUAAUUUAUGUCUAGGGUAGAUUUAGCUACUCGCAGGAGUAUGUAUUUUACAAAUAUGUUGUGUAUGUUAAAUAAAUUUUUAAAUUAAGUAAGUAAGCAAGUAUGUAUAAGGCUAAAUGAUUUGUUUAGGUAGGCUAUAUAGUGAUUGUUUUGUGGGGAACCAUAUAGUAUGAUAAGUUGAUAACUGAUUAGUAUCCUCAGAUAACGCAUAACACUGAGUCACUAGAAGAAAAAAAUAUCUAUAUCUUUCGAAACCAAAGCUUAUUGCUUUUGAAAUAAAGUAUUUUAUUAUAUACAAAAGCGAGAAGAGAAAGCCGGGGCACACGCGCAAGAGCACAAAUCCAUUUAUCCGCGAGUUACUACCGAUAAAACCUUUGCAUUCUCUUGCACAGAGUCCUUGUUUUGAAUCCGGUUUUGUCUAUUUCGAGUCCGGGUUUUCAGAAGUCAAGUCCGGGUUUUGUUAAACACGAGUCCGGAUUUUCUUCGAGUCCGGGUCCGGGUUUUUCUCGAGUCCGGAUUUUCUUCGAGUCCGAGUCCGGGUCCGAGUCCGAGUCCGGUCCGGGUUUCGAAGUAUGCCGUUUCAGGCAAAGUGUUGGCGAAGCCUAAAAUCACAGCGUGAUCCGCACUAUAUAAGUGCGGUUCACGCUGUGAUUUUUUUCGUGCGGGUUGUAAUGCACUGACAAGUCUAUAAGUUGAAAUCUGAUCCAACUUGCUUGAAUUGUAACUCGACACUAGAUUAUAGAGUAGAAUUCACAUCACGAUAAAUAUUAAUUUUUAAUUGCAGUUCUUUUCACGAUUUCUUUGAAGAUUCAAUGCAUAUUGUUUAUAUUUAUAGAGCGAUCUAAUUAAUUGUGACAAUAUAUACUCACUCCCCCGACCCUAGUAAACAAUACGCCAUUUUACGCAAAAUCCGCGGGUCACGUGACCAGCCCAUACCAGGGUAUUUCGCUCCCCAAGAGCAAAUACCCUGGGAACGAGGUUGGCAAAAAAGUUGUUUUGAGAAACGUUGGAAAUUUUGAAGAUUACAUAUAUAUUAAUAAAAAAAGAGUAUGUCACCAGAAGAUGACAUAUUCCUCGCGGAAGCAUCGCCAAUAGCCGACCGAAAAAAAUAGUAGAAAAUUACCUUAUGUGUACUAUAUUAAAAGAACAAAAUAUCGAUAACUAUGUGUGACGUUUCUAAGGGGGGUGGGGGGUGGGGGUGGGGGGUUCCAGAGAAACGAACAUAUGACGUUUCUCAUGGACAAAAUCGAUAUGUGAGGCUUCCCUUACUUCUGGAGAUCAAAGUUUGAGGUCCAAUUAUUUUUAAAGUUUGCAAACUACCCAGCUAAUUCUUGGCUGUUGUUUGCAGCCUUGUAUGUUGAUUAAAAUUUAGUUUAGUCCACAAUAGUAGAUCCUUUCAAUGAAGGGAAAUUAAAAAUAGUAUAUUUGAUUACUUUUACAGCACAGUCAGUACAUCGGUAAAUUUUUUCGCAAUUUGGCCUGGUAUUGCACCAGGCCAAAUUGAAAAAAACUUUACCGAUAUCACCAAAUUUAAAAUCAUAUUUUUUUGCUCCCAAGGCACAUAGGAAACAUAAUUUAACAAUUAACUUUGUUGAAAAAUUGCCCCUUUGCGUCUAAUUUCGCUUUGAAAUGCGUGCGUUUACUGCUCUUGUAUGAGGCAAGAGUUCGAAAACAUUCGAAGUACUGUAAAAUGUAACGAAAUCGACAACUUGACCUGGCCUUGAGACCUUGUACUGCCUCAGCACAGCAGGGUUUAAACUGGCUAUGAAAUAUCCUGAAUACUUCGUCGAGUUCUCUACCGCCAUGUGACCUGUAGUUUAAUGUGACACGCGUCUUUGAAAGGGCUUUACUUGACUUUAAUCGACGUGUAAGGUAUAACUUAGGGACAGGUCAUUAUUUAUGGCGGGGGGUGGCACCGAAGAGAAAUGUUUUCCGUGUCAAAAAUGUUGCUGACCGGCCAACCAUUAAAAAGACAAAAAUUUGAUUACCCAACCUCAAAUAUCAAUUAAAAAAUAACUACCCACCCCUGGCCAAAAACUUAACAAAAGGAUACCAUUCAGUUGUCAUACAUGUCCUGAUCAUUUCAGUGACAUGAGUUUGAUAACGGCCCGUGAAAUUUUCUGCAGUCUAAAGUUUCAUGUUGUCUGCACAUGUACUUUCUUUGGAAACACAAUUUGUUUUGUCAAACUAUGAUCAAGAUAGUGACUCUGAUUGAUUCACAUAUUGUAUUGACAAAUGACUGUUGACAUUGCUUUUCAGUCUCCAAUAUUUCAGUGGGUCAUGCUUUGGAAAUGACAGUAAAUUUUUAUUACCCAACCCUUGAGUUGUUUUGUUUUUCAUUUACCCAACCUUUUACUUACUCACAAUUUUGUUUACCCAACCUUUUUCUCUUCGGUGCCACCCCCCGCCAUAAAUAAUGACCGGUCCCUUAGGUAAGCCAACAUUUCUUUGUAAUGCAAGCUACAUUUUCAUAUCUUUAAUGUGUGAAUAUUUUUAAUUUUGUAAAAAAUUAAUCGCAAUAUGUUGUUGGAAAAAGUAUCGAGUGCUUCAUAAUAACACUCAGAUCUUGUAUACAGAUAUUCGUAUUUUAUUUAAAAUCUACCCUUUAUCACCACUUUUUUUAUUCUUUUAUGUGAAAGUAUACAUAAUCCUUGACUUAAAAACACGAUUAUCUACUCGAGGAAAAUUGGGCAAAGGGGCGAUCUUUGCAGAGAAACUUGACCGUUUGGUGAAAUUGGUAGUUCAGAGACCCUAUUUUCAUUGUAGUAUUUCGCGGCAAUUUGUUGGCCGAUUUCUAGUUUAUAUUGUAGAACGGGUUCCUAGUAAGUUAAAUUAAUUGUCUAUCCUCUACAGAGUAGUAAUAAGCGCGACUCCUUUUUGUUGACGGAUGUUGAAUUCAUUUUAGACUUUUGUUCAUAAACAACAACUACACUACCGAGUACUAAAUCACUGUCGAAAAGGAUAUACAUAUUAAAAACAGGUAUAUUUGCACUGCGAAAUUAAACUGCUGCAACAAAGUUUUUAUUUCUACUUUCACGUUCUUAUUCCAAAGCAAACACUUCUAAGUUGGAAAUGCCUAAAAUUGUGAGCGUGGAAACACUAAAGAAACAAGAAAACGACUUCAUAACACGAGUAGUUUUGGCAAAUUUGAUGUUUGUUUUUAUAAUUCAGUCACGCGAUUAACCCGCGCUCACGUGCACUCAACGCUUACGUUUCUCGCGCAUGCGUAGACGGAAGUCCACCCUGUUUGCUAGAUUAACCAACACCGCGGAAAAACGUCUGCGCAUGCACCAAAUUAUGAAAAUAUGGCGGGUAAUUUGAAUAUCAAUUUCUAAAACAAAAACAUGCUUAUUAAUUGGUCAAAAAUUAGCAAAACAAACGAGAAAAUAUAGCAAAUGGGUAGACUAGACAUUAAUUGAAAGCGUCCUGGCAUUUAAAGUAUGGAAUGAAAUAUAAUUCAUGUAAAAAAUUGUUGAUUUAACGGACACGACUUCGAAAAUUUUUGCAAAAUUAUUCAAAACAAAAAUUCAAACUAAAAAGUUAAGAAAACUCUCGAAAAGUUAAGCUUCUUAACCCACUCAAAUUGUAGAAUAAAUCCUAAAGUUUAAUUAUUGUGAACACGCAAAUUUUUAUAUUUGGCGACACAGUUUUUUUUAAAGAAAUGUAUCUCAAACGAAAAUUCGGAAAUUAUCGUUGCUUAGUUGAUAAACAAAAUGUUUCAGACGAUAAAUUUGUCAACAAUCACCUUUAGUUCAUGUUCUUGUACAAUACAAAUUCUUGAACCUUCUGGCUGUAUUUAUUUCUAGUUUUUAGAAUGACAUGUUUAUUUUUGCGCUUGAAAUCUGGCUGUAAAGACGCACAAUGAAGUCACUCCUUUUUACCGCCAUUUUGAGCCUUCGGAAACGUUCGGAACAGCUUCUCAUCAAGUUCGCAAUACUAUUACAGGUAACGUUGACGCAUGCGCAGACGUUUCUCCGCGGUGUUAGAUUAACCAGGGAAUUUUAAGUUGUCUUCCCAGUGUAAUAUAUUAAUAUAAUACGUGGCGAAUUCUUCCCUUUGAUAAUUCUUAUCAUUGACUAUAAUAUGAUAAAGGGGUUUUGAAAGCUGCCGCUUUUACCCUUUGGCAACACAACAACAACAACAACAACAACAACAACAACAACAACAACAACAACAACAACAACAACAACAACAACAACACCUUUAUUUUUACACUCCUUAAUUACAAUAAUAAAUAUUUACAAAGGUAAUAUAUAUAUAUAUAUGAUGAGCAAUUAAUAAAUAUUAUUCAUAAAUAAAAUCAAUUGGUGGCUAAAUUAACCAUAAGGUUAUCAUGUCAGCCAUCAAUCUAUUACAAGUUGACAUUUAAUACAAUGAACUAUGUCGUCACGAUUCCGCAGUGUUCCGAUGAUUCGUUAUCAAAGAGAUAAUUAAGGAAAAUUGGAGAUAAAAUUUAAAAGAAUAAUCAUUUAACUUUCAUAUUGUUCGAAUAAUAUAUAUUCUUUAACUUUUUUUUUGAGAAGGAGAAAGCAUUCAGGAACUUAAACGAUGAUGGAAUAUUUUGCCAAAUACUACAUACAGCAAACGAAAUGGUUUUCUUUCCAAUAUUUGUUUUUACAAGUGGUUUAUAAAAGUUUUGGUUUUGUGCAUACCUUGUAUUGUAAGAAUGCACAUCGGUUACAAAUCUAAACCAGUUGUCAAAACUAGAUGGCAACUGGUUUGUAUGCCAUAAUUGAGCAAAUUGAAGAGCAUGAAGUUUGAAUACAUCAUCAACUGACAAAAAGUUUAGCAGAUUCAGUAAUGGCAGAGCACUUUCAGUGUUCUUACCAUAUACUUUGGCAAAAAACAUUAGCCUAACUAUUCUAUUUUGUUUUGUUUGUAGUUUAUUAAGAUGUGAAUAAUAUGUAUUACCCCAUGCUAAAAUUGCAUAGGAUAUAUAAGGGUAACAAAGAGUAUAGUAAAUUUGCUUAAGUUGAUUCAGAGAAAGAUAAUGCCUUAAUUUAGUAAUUAUACCAGUACAUUUUGCUAGGCGCGAGCAAAUAUAAGAUACAUGGUUUUUCCAUGAUAAAGUGCUAUCAAUGAAUACACCUAAAUACUUUAUAUAGUUUUUCCUUUCGAUCACAUGGAUUGAGUUAUUUGUACCUUUCAAUGUUAUCGUUAUGUUUAAUUGUCUUUUAUAUGGUGAUUUAACAAUCAUAAAGUUUGUUUUCUUAAAAUUAAUUGAUAAUUUAUUGAUGUCACACCAUCUCUUUACUUCAUCUAUUUCAGAAUUUAUUAGUUUUUCUAACUCAGCACCAUUAUUUGAUGAAGCAAAAAUAUUUGUGUCAUCUGCAAAAAUCCUAAAAUUCAAAUUUUUGGUACAGUUUGGAAGAUCAUUAAUAUAUAUUAGGAAUAAUAAAGGACCAAGGGUACUAAGCUAGAAGCUAAAAACCUUUCUUACAGUUAAUAGACAUACCAUGAAUCAGUACUGCCUCGAUGUUUUCUUUCAUAUUAUUGUAAAAAUAUAGUACAGUUAUUCGAUCGUAGUUAGGGUGAUUCACAAUAAUAUCUAUACUGAAAUACAAAUGCAUAUAAAACUCAAAAUUUAUCAUUGAUAUAAUAUGUAUUUGUAUUGGAAUUAUUAGCAAGAACAUUUUUGGUUCAAUGAUAGUGAAGUAUUUUCACCAAGUAAGAUUUUCUCCUUCCUUGUGUUCCUGACAACAUGUAAGCAAGGUUGUUGUUGUGGAAUUUCUCCAAUUAUCAUUUGAAGUAAUUCAUUAAUAUUCUCCCCAGUCUUCGCGCUCGUUUCGAUACAGCUAAUGUUCAUCAUUUCAGCUUUGAUAAGGGCUUCUUCGUACGGCACCUAUAUAUAUAUCGAAGAGAACUGUUUUCUAAUGAAAAACUGUUGAAUGUGCUUGUCGUUCGUAUCCAAGUGGUUUCUUUGACAAUAAAAUAUUAUUAUUAACAACAAUCUAUAUUGUUUAAAAUUAAUUUCAAGCAUGCAUUAACUUAUUUUUAACACUUAAAGUAGAAUAAAGAUAAUCUGAGAUGAUAUAUCCUGAUGGCUUUUGAAAUUCACUACAUGGAACCAAUUUUAUUACAUGGAACCAAUUUUGAAAUCUUUUUUUGAAAUUUUUCUCAAUAACUUUUUUUGCGUAGCAUGUAUAAUCAGUUGCGCUGACUAUAUUUAAGGGUAAUGAUAUAUUGAUUUACUCUACAAUUUAAUCGUGUGCAAAUGCUUAACUAUUUUAUAGUUUUCUUUAACUUUUCUAAGUUCGGUAUUCGACAAUUUUUCAAGAAAUGUUCACAAGCCUCCUGGUCUAAAACGAUAAUUUUUAAUUUAAAUUCUUUUUAGAUUUCUUUUUAGAUUUUAAAUGUUAGAAAACUUUUUAUUAAUGUCCAAACUACCCGUCUAGUGUAUUUUUUUGUUUGUUUCACUUACCUUAAAUAAUUAAAUAGCCAUGUUUUUGUUUACAGUUUGGCAUUUAAAUUCCUCGCCAUUUUUUCUAGUACACGCGCAUGCGCAGACGUUUUUAUUUAGCAGUCCCUCCACCCUUUCAAUGUUGAAAUGCCAACAUGAGCUCCUCCUUUGAAUUUACUAUAUGAGUAAAUUCUUUCGUUGUGUGUGUUUAAAAACACGUCCGAAUUUAUCAUUAUAGAUUUUCAUGAUUUUCAAAAGAAAAGUUUAAAAAAGUUUUAAAAAAGUUUUAAAAAGAAAAGUUUAAAAAGUUAGAUUUUCAAAAAAGUUUAAAAAGUUAGAUUAGGGUUAGGAUUAGGGGUUAGUGUUAGGGGUUAGAUGCCGCGAAUUUAUCAUUAUGAUAAAUUCAAAAUGUGCUGCGAAUUUAUCAUAAUGAUAAAUUCGGACGUGUUUAAGAAUUUACUCGUGUAGUAAAUUCAAAGGUGGGGCUCAUGCUGUGAAAUGCUAAUACAUUGGUUAAGGCAAAGCUUUGUGAAAUACAUUAUCAAUAUUGCAUGGGGGUACGGGGGGAUCCAAACAUGCCAAUAUGUCCAUAUGAACAUUCACAGUAUUUAGUUUUCAGCUAAUUGUCCACGUACUUUUUGCGGCAUGAUUGUAGCUGUUCAAUUUCACUUUCUAUUAUUGUAUUUGAAUGCGUAUGGUGCAUAUCACCACAGAUUGAAAUUUUAAUUCAAUUAUAUUUGAUUGAAUAAUUGAAACUAUACAAACAUGCGCAUGAGCAAAACGGAAUCCACCGCCACUUUAAAAUCAAUUACCUGCCGUUUCGUCUCUUCAUCGCUUUUAUUUCCUAUCAAUAUAAUAAUAACGUUGUUUCCUCUUUCUGACCGGAUCUUUAACAUCCAGUUGCUGACAUCUGUGAGGGUAGGACAAUUAAUAAUUAUCGAGAAUUAUCAUAGUGGAAGUUUGCCCACUAUCUAUCAAACCUCAAACCUGAGACGGGGUGGCUCCCUACAGUUUUUGAAAUAUGACAAAAUUGUGAUUUAGAUUUAAUUGUUUGAAGAGAGGUUUCUUGUUAGAAGACAAAAAUUGUACCACAUAUAUUGAGCAAUCUUCUAAGAGUUGAAAAUUGUUCACAAAAAUGACGUCAUAACCGUUGCUAUGGUAACAAUGACGUUUCAAUAUGGCCGACAUUUUACCUUUUAACACAUUUUACUCGAAAAAAGGCCGGUUACCCCCAUUUUUUAUUUCGUGAAACGUUUUCAUUCAGAAAAAUGAAUGAUGUGAACAAGUUUAAAAAAAUUCUGUUGAUCCAAAAAAUAUUUAUCAUGAAAAAUCACGUUUUUAUUUUUUAAAAAUUCUGAUCUACAUAAUUUUUUUAAACUUGUUCAUAUCAUUCAUUUUUCUAAAUGAAAACGUUUCACGAAAUAAAAAAUGGGGGUAACCGGCCUUUUUUUCGAUUAAAAUGUGUUAAAAGGUAAAAUGUCGGCCAUAUUGAAACGUCAUUGUUACCAUAGCAAUAGCCUGCGUGCAGGCCCAAGGGAACUUGAUAGUGGGCCUGCAACCAUCACCCCAUGUUUUCGAUUUUCGCCGGCCGAACCGCCGGCUAAAUUCCCAUUGGCUAGCUGAGGCGAUCGGUAAUUAAUUAACCUAGCCCAUUGUGCAGGCACAAGGGAACUGUGAUUCAUCACAAAGGCAUAGACAAAGGCUCUCGAUAAGCUUAAAAUUUGAAAAUUGAUCACUUUUUUCGAUUACAAAUGGAACAAGAACAGACUGUUUAUUGUUUACUUGAAGGAAGACAUGUUUUUGCCGUUAUGCCAAUGGGGAUUGCUUGUCGUGAGGUGUUGGAAUAGCAACAUUACGACUGGGGUAAACUAUAGUAACCUUUACUUGAGUUUCAUUAAUUUCAAACAGACUUCAGUUGAUACGUUAUAUGUUCUCACUUCCUCAAGAAAAUUAUCUUUUGGUUGAUGUUGAGAUGCAGUUGCAUGUAAGGACUGUAAGCCUAUUCGAAACACUUUGCGAUUUACAAGGCUUCGCUGAGAGAGCGAAACAGAAGGCGGUAUUAAAUUGCCGUUUGAAACGAAACGAUCUGGUCUCGGAACGCUCUCUUCUUUUGUAGAGUUCUUUACCAAAUGAAAUAAAUUUCGUACUUUCCGCCGCCAACAAGAAUUGCACACACGAUCUGAUAAGUGGGACAAUUUAUUUAUAACAAUGCCAAUGGCGACAGCGAAGCACACAUAAUAUAAAUCCUAAUGUGGUCGCACGACUUCCCUCAUGAUUUGAAGUUUGAGACUGGUUUUCUGUUGAAAUUCGUCCUAAUUUGCCUGUUCCGAUUUUAGUUGAAAAUGAGCACUUGCAAAUUUGGCAAUUACUGACUGCGUUGCUUGCUUUUUUUGGAGUUAAAACGCAGCCAUUUACACAUUGUUUAUUAGUGUUCUGAAUAAGCAGAGAAAACCCCGCAACAUUUUAAUGCGAGUUUGUUUGUUAAUAUUUGGGUGCUGUCAUUGGUUCUUUUUUGACAAUUGACGCGCGAAUGAGGCGUGUUAUGAAAAGGGGCGUAUUUCAAAAUACCGGGCGAUGGUUGCAGGCCCACUAUCAAGUUCCCUUGGGCCUGCACGCAGGCUACCAUAGCAACGGUAAUGACGUCAUUUUUGUGAACAAUUCUCAACUCUUAGAAGAUUUUUAUCAAUAAACUUUUUGAUAUAGAUUUAGACAAAUAUGAUAGCGAUAACAAAUUUAUUAAAGGACGAAAAAAAAAAAAAAAAAAUCUGCGAAAGAUUUCGAAGAAACCGUGGUUAAAGAAGGGAUUUUACAAAAGAAAACUCAAAUAAAGGCGCAUAGAAAGGAAGUUAUCGAUAUCUAUGAGGAAAUAAAGAGGAAAUCUUCAACACUGAGGUACAUAUGCAUUUUACGUGUCAUGAACAGGCUCAAUAAGGAUUUGUAUCAACGCGUAAUGACGAUUCAUACGCGAAAAAUAUCUAGAAUGCUAUCAAAAGCAACCAAUGUUGAUGAACAUAUUAAAAACAUUUCUUCGUUUAAACUAACAUUCUUCCAAAAGCUCGUGCUAUGCAGAGGCUUAAACUUUGCCAUUCCUAGACCUGUGUCAGCGAAGGAUAUACAAGCAUCCUUUGAAAGUGCGUACCGAACACUUGAGCACAACUUAGAUGAGGAUAAGAAAGAACUAACUGUAGCAACGUUACGAUCAAUUGCUCUGAACUAUAUUGAACGGAGAAAUACAUCACCGCCAAAGACGUUGCUUCGAUCGAUAAACCAACUUAAGAAACGAGACGAUAUCGUUAUCACUAAACCAGAUAAAGGAACAGGGGUUGUCGUAAUGGAUAAGUCCGAAUACACCAAGUUGCUAAACGAAGCAUCGAUCAACAACACGGAAAAGUUCAAGAGCGUGAGUUUGGAAAGACCAAAGUCGAGAGGAAGACCUGUCAAACAUUACCAGCCCCUACUUAGAAAAGAAAAAGAGCUCGAGACCGCCUUUAGAAAGAUCCUACCCAAAGAAAUAGCUGACUCGAUUUGCCCAAAAGGUUCCCGCCUCGCACACCUUUACGGUUUACCUAAGACCCAUAAACCUCAGCUAGCAAUGCGACCAAUACUAUCAGCAACGGGAACUUACAAUUUCAAGCUAACCAAGUGGUUGGAUGAGAAAUUGAAAUUCCUUUCGAUUAACAAGUACACCGUUUCCGACCCACUAAAGUUUGCUGAGGAGAUACGUGAGAAACAAAUGGUUGAGAGUGACAUUCUAGUAUCGUAUGACGUUGCAUCGCUUUUCACCAAUGUACCAGUUGAUGAAACGAUCCAAAUUCGUGCCGACAAAGCGUUUGAGAAAGAAUGGUUCAACCGGAAAUACAACCUAAAGCUUGAGAAAUUUGAACUUGUCGAACUCUUGAAGUUAGCAGUUAAACAUCAGCUAUUCCAAAUCGACGGUAAGUUAUACGAGCAAGUCGACGGAGUUGCAAUGGGCUCCCCACUUGGUCCACUCAUGGCGAACGCGUUCAUGUGUUCAACUGAGGAAAAGCUGGUAGAACGCAACCUGAUGCCUUCCUUAUACCACCGGUUUGUUGAUGAUUCCAUCACAUCGCAAAGCAACAUUGCUUCCGCAGAAGCAUUCCUAUCCACCCUCAACAGUCUGCAUCCAUCCCUUCAGUUCACUAUGGAAUUAGAGACCGAUGGUGUAUUACCUUUCCUGGGCACAACCCUAAUUAAUAAGAACGGUCGAGUAGAAACGAAAGUCUACAUCAAGCCAACAAACACUGGCCUUAUGUUACAUUAUGAUAGUCAUGUAGACGUGAGGUAUAAGAAAUCGCUCGUCCUGACCAUGCUCAAUCGUGCAUUCCGCCUAUCAUCAUCGUGGAAGCUCUUCACCGAGGAAUGUGAACGCCUGAAGAAAACCUUUGUUCGUCUCAGAUAUCCUAUAUCCCUGCUUGACAACAUCAUAACGAAGUACACUGAACAGAAACGCGAAAGCGACGAUCAUCCAGCCGAGGAAAGAAACAUCAAGGAAAACGUGGUACGUGUAAUGCUACCAUUUAAAGACCAGAAAUCAGCAGACUCGGUGAGGCGACAGCUGCGUAACCUCAGCAAGACCAUCGGUAGACAAAUACAACCGGUCUACACAAGCAGAAAGAUUGCCGCAGACUUCCCAGCAGCAGAAACGAAACCACCCCUUGUGAAUCAGCAAUGUGUUGUUUAUUUAUUCAAAU